GGAGGCGCCGCUCGCGCCUGCUUUUGCGCCUGCGCGGCGGGCUGCAAGCGGGUGGCAGCGCGUGCGCGGUGACGUGGACGUCCGGUGCGCGCGCAGGCUCUUCAGCUGGAGCGGACACACGGUGUGCGAACCGAACGGAAUAACCCGCCCCCCGUUGGAUGUGAAGGACUCGGGGUGAGGCCCGCCACGCCCCGCAAGGAUGGCAAGGCCAUUGUGACUGUGUUGACUGCAGUUACCUCACUACUGAGUUUCUCACUGGAGUCAUGGAGGAGAAACAGCAGAUCAUAUUGGCUAAUCAAGAUGGUGGGACAGUAGCAGGAACAGCACCUACCUUUUUCGUUAUCCUGAAACAGCCAGGAAAUGGCAGGACUGAUCAAGGAAUUCUGGUUACUAAUCGGGAUGCCUGUGCUUUGGCUAAUAGGGUGUCACCACCAGGAAAAUCUAAAGGAAAGAUUUGCCUCCCGGCUGAUUGUACUGUGGGAAAAAUCACUGUUACGCUUGAUAACAAUACUAUGUGGAAUGAAUUUCAUCAUCGAAGCACAGAGAUGAUUCUGACCAAGCAGGGAAGACGCAUGUUUCCUUACUGUCGUUACUGGAUUACAGGAUUAGAUUCAAAUUUGAAGUAUAUUCUUGUCAUGGAUAUAUCUCCUGUGGAUAAUCAUCGUUACAAAUGGAAUGGUCGUUGGUGGGAACCUAGUGGGAAGGCUGAACCCCACGUUUUGGGGAGGGUUUUUAUUCACCCAGAAUCUCCCUCUACAGGUCAUUAUUGGAUGCAUCAACCUGUAUCUUUUUAUAAAUUGAAACUUACCAACAAUACACUGGACCAAGAAGGGCAUAUUAUCUUGCACUCUAUGCAUCGCUACUUGCCAAGACUUCACUUGGUGCCUGCAGAAAAGGCCACAGAGGUGAUACAGUUAAAUGGUCCUGGUGUCCACACAUUCAGCUUCCCACAGACGGAAUUCUUUGCGGUAACAGCUUAUCAGAACAUUCAGAUUACCCAGUUGAAAAUAGAUUACAACCCAUUUGCCAAAGGCUUUCGAGAUGAUGGGCUGAAUAGUAAACCCCAAAGAGAUGGGAAACAGAAGACCAGUUCUGACCAGGAGAGCAAUAGUGUUUCCAGUUCUCCCGCUCCUCAAGUCUGUCUUACAGAAGGGGAGGGGCCAGAGAUACAGCCCGGUGACUUGGAUCCUUUAUCAGGCAAGAGUUUGGAAAAGACUUCUCCUAAUAUAAAACAGGACUUGUUUGGUUUCAUGGAAACUGAUUCAGCACUUGAAGUUUCUCAAUUGAAGCAAGAGGCUUCUGAAAGUCUUAUUGCCAACAGUUUUGAUGAUGGCUCCCAUGCUGCCUCACCGGUAGAUCCAAAUGGAAACUUCAAUGUUGUCGUUAAAGAGGAGCCUCUAGAUGAUUAUGACUAUGAACUUGGGCAGUGCCCAGAAGGGGUCACUGUGAAACAGGAAGAGACAGAUGAAGAAACAGAUGUCUACUCAAACAGUGACGAUGACCCAAUACUAGAGAAACAGCUGAAGAGGCACAAUAAAGUUGGUGACUUGGGAGCUGACCAUUCCUCUUAUAAAUGGCUACCAAGUAGCCCAUCAGGUGUUGCAAAAGCUAAAAUGUUCAACUUAGAUGCAGGGAAGAUGCCAGUAGUCUAUCUGGAGCCAUGUGCUGUCACCAAAAACACAGUGAAGGUUUCUGAGCUGCCAGAUAACAUGCUUUCCAUGUCUCGAAAGGAUAAAUCAGAAUUAGAUUAUUUGCCUGCAUACAUUGAAAAUUCUGGUGGUACUGGCUUCUGUUUAAGCAAGGAAUCAGAAAAUGAUGUGCAACAUUCACCAGAUCCCAGAUUGGUGCAAAAAUAUCCCUUACUUAAAGAGCCCAAGUGGGAUUACCCUGAUGUAUUUGACAACAUCAACACAGAAGUAGUAUUGGAGAAUUCAAAGGAAUCAGCUCAGAACUUAUUUUCAGUGAAAGGGGACUUGGGCAGAAAGAGAACAGCUAUGCUUAAAAUUACAACCAAUCCAAAGGCUGUAAGUGCUCCUCAGAAUGUCUCUCCAAAUAUCCCUGGAAAAAGAGGAAGGCCACGGAAAUUGAAACUCUCUAAGACAGGGAAAACACCCAAAAACACAGGAAGGUCUUUAGGUUCUACAAAGAAUAUCCCAGUAGGCUCUGGAAAUUCCUUUCCAGAUGUAAAGCCUGAUUUGGAAGAUGUGGAUGGUGUUCUGUUUGUUUCCUUUGAAUCAAAGGAAGCACUAGACAUUCACGCUGUUGAUGGGACAGCAGAAGAACCCUGUAGUCUACAGGCAUCAAGCACAAGUGACCCAGGUUGCAGAGCACGGAUUUCUCAGUUAGAAAAGGAUUUAAUCGAAGAUUUGAAGUCAUUGAGGCACAAACAAGUGAUACAUCCUGGUCUUCAAGAGGUGGGCUUAAAAUUGAAUUCAGUGGAUCCAACAAUGAGCAUUGAUCUUAAAUACUUGGGAGUACAGCUGCCUUUGGCUCCAGCUACUAGCUUUCCAUUUUGGAAUCAUACAGGAACCAACCCUGCCUCUCCUGAUACUGGGUUUCCCUUUGUUUCUAGGACAGGGAAGACCAAUGACUUUACCAAGAUCAAAGGAUGGCGAGGAAAGCUUCAUAGUGCUUCGGCAUCUAGGAGUGAAGGUGGGAGUUCAGAAGGUUCACUGAAGAACCGUUCUGCUUUCUGCAGUGAUAAGCUAGAUGAAUACUUAGAAAAUGAAGGCAAACUGAUGGAAACAAGCAUGGGUUUCUCUUCCAAUGCUCCCACAUCUCCUGUAGUAUACCAGCUUCCCACCAAGAGUACUUCUUAUGUGCGAACACUUGACAGUGUGCUAAAGAAACAAUCUACCAUUUCCCCUUCUACCUCUUACUCUUUGAAACCUCAUUCUGCUCCCCCUGCCUCUCGAAAGGCAAAAUCUCAAAACAAACAGUCAGGAUUCGGUGGCCGAACGAAGUCGUCUUACAAAUCCAUUUUACCAUACCCUGUUUCACCAAGGCAGAAACACUCUCAUGUGAUUCCAGGAGAUAAGAUUGCCAAGAAUUCUUCAAGCACUGUUUCAGAAAAUCAGGUGAAUAACUUUGUUGUGCCAACUUUAGAUGAAAAUAUAUUUCCAAAGCAAAUUAGUUUGCGGCAUGCACAACAACAGCAACAGCCACAGGGAACUCGUCCUACAGGCUUGUCUAAAUCUCAGGUGAAGCUAAUGGACCUGGAAGACUGUGCACUAUGGGAAGGAAAACCAAGGACUUAUAUCACUGAAGAGCGAGCAGAUGUGUCUCUAACAACUCUGCUUACUGCUCAAGCGUCUCUCAAAACUAAGCCCAUCCACACAAUCAUAAAGAAACGAGCUCCCCCGUGCAACAAUGACUUCUGUCGACUGGGUUGUGUGUGUUCCAGUCUAGCUCUGGAGAAGCGCCAGCCUGCUCAUUGCCGUCGACCAGACUGUAUGUUUGGCUGUACUUGUUUGAAAAGAAAAGUUGUGCUUGUUAAAGGGGGAUCCAAAACUAAAUCUUUCCAAAGGAAAGCUACUCACCGAGAUCCAGUAUUUUAUGAUACUGUAGGAGAGGACAUAAAGGAAGAAGAAGAAGGAUUGAGGGAAGAGGAAGAGCCAUUAAAAGAGAAAAAGAAAAGGAAGAAGCUUGAAUACACUAUAUGUGAAACAGAGCCUGAACAGCCUGUUCGACAUUACCCAUUGUGGGUGAAAGUAGAAGGUGAAGUAGAUCCAGAGCCGGUCUAUAUUCCCACGCCUUCUGUUAUCGAACCUGUGAAACCAUUGUUGUUGCCUCAGCCGGAAGUUUUACCUCCUGUGAAGGGCAAGCUGCUCACUGGAAUUAAACCUGCACGGACAUAUACUCCCAAACCCAAUCCUGUGAUUCGGGAAGAGGACAAAGAUCCAGUCUACUUGUACUUCGAAAGUAUGAUGACUUGUGCCCGAGUUCGAGUUUAUGAGCGCAAAAAAGAGCAGAGACAGCCAUCUCUGUCCCCAUCCCCAACUCCAUCGUUUCCUCAGCAGAGUUCGAGUCAUGCUAGUCCUGAAAACCACAAUGCAAAGGAACCUGAUUAUGAACAGCAGAACUUAAAACAACUUUCUUGUGACAUGGAAGAGGAUUCUGAUAAAUCACAAGAAAAGAGCUGGAAGUCUUCCUCCAAUGAAGGGGAAUCCUGUUCUACCUCUUAUGUGCAUCAGAGUUCACCUGGUGGGCCCACCAAAUUGAUAGAAAUCAUCUCAGAUUGCAACUGGGAAGAGGAUCGGAACAAGAUUUUGAGCAUCUUGUCCCAACACAUCAAUAGCAACAUGCCACAGUCACUUAAGGUGGGCAGCUUCAUCAUUGAGUUGGCUUCUCAGCGAAAGAGCCGGGGUGAGAAGAACCCUCCUGUUUAUUCUUCCCGUGUGAAAAUCUCUAUGCCAUCAUGUCAAGACCAAGAUGAUAUGGCUGACAAAUCUGGAUCAGAGACUCCUGAUGGUCCAUUGUCCCCUGGGAAAAUGGAUGAUCUCUCUUCUGUGCAGACAGAUGCUCUGGAUUCAGUGAGGGAGAGAUUACAUGGAGGCAAAGGCCUGCCUUUUUAUGCAGGGCUUUCGCCUGCGGGGAAGCUUGUGGCUUAUAAACGUAAACCCAGUUCAAGCACAUCUGGGCUUAUCCAGGUAGCAUCCAAUGCCAAGGUGGCUGCAUCCAGGAAACCACGCACCCUGCUGCCUUCCACAUCCAAUUCCAAAAUGACAUCUUCUACCAGCACCACAACAAAUCGCCCUGCGAAGAAUCCAAAGGCAUUUGUCCCAGCAAAAAGGCCAAUUGCGGCUCGACCCUCUCCUGGUGGUGUGUUCACACAGUUUGUGAUGAGUAAAGUUGGAGCCUUGCAGCAGAAGAUACCUGGAGUUAGCACACCCCAACCCCUGACAGGCCCACAGAAGUUCAGUAUCAGACCUUCUCCAGUAAUGGUCGUCACACCUGUGGUUUCUUCUGAGGCAGCUCAGGUGUGCAGCCCCGUGACUGCUGCUGUCACUACUACCCCUCAAGUGUUUUUAGAAAACGUUACUGCUGUGACACCUAUGACUGCUGUUUCUGACGUGGGAACUAAAGAAACAACUUACUCUUCUGGUGCCACCACUCCAGGGGUUGUUGAGGUCUCUGAAACUAAUACCAACACCCCUGUAACAUCUACCCUGUCUACAGCCACUGUGAACCUUACCAAAACUACUGGGAUAACUACCCCUGUGGCUUCAGUUGCUUUUCCUAACUCUUUGGUUGCAUCUCCUCCAACCAUAACUCUUCCUGUUGCUUCCACUGCCUCCACCUCCAUAGUCAUGGUGACCACAGCUGCAUCUUCCUCCAUGGUGACCACACCAACUUCAUCUCUGGGCUCUGUUCCUAUUUUACUCUCGGGAAUUAAUGGGAGUCCACCAGUGAGCCAGAGACCAGAAAAUACCCCUCAGAUUCAAGUGACUAAUCCACACGUGUCUCCUAACACAGUGAAACGAACUGGACCUCGACUCUUGCUGAUUCCGGUGCAGCAGGGUUCUCCUCCUGUGAGACCUGCUGUUCCUAACACACAGCUUCAGGGACAGCGGAUGGUCCUACAACCAGUUAGGAGUCCAAGUGGAAUGAAUCUUUUCAGGCACCCUAAUGGGCAGAUUGUCCAGCUCCUACCUUUACAUCAGCUUCGGGGAUCUAACAUCCAGCCCAACUUGCAGCCUGUCAUGUUUCGGAACCCAGGAUCGGUGAUGGGAAUCCGAUUACCUGCUCCUUCCAAACCUUCGGAGACUCCACCAUCUUCUGCUUCAUCCUCUACUUUCUCUGUUGUGAAUCCUGUUAUUCAGGCUGUUGGAUCUUCCCCAGCAGUAAAUGUUAUCACUCAGGCACCAUCAGUGCUUUCCUCUGGACCUAAUUUUGUAUCUCAGGCUGGCACAUUGACCCUGAGAAUUUCCCCUCCUGAACCACAAAGCUUUACAAAUAAAACAGGAUCAGAAACCAAAAUAACCUAUAGUUCAGGAGGGCAGCCUGUUGGUACAGCCAGUCUCAUUCCUCUCCAGUCUGGUAGUUUUGCCUUGUUGCAGCUUCCAGGACAAAAGUCUGUUCCUAGUUCCAUUCUUCAACAUGUGGCUUCCCUUCAGAUGAAGAAGGAACCCAUGAAUGCUGACCAAAAAGAUGAAACACAUUCUGUAAAAAGAGAGCCCGAAACUAAGAACAUUCUACAGUAUGAAGGAGAGGCUGUAGACUUUGAGGCUAAUGAAAUUAAGCAAAACUUAGGAGCUGCUGCUGCCUCAGAAGACACCCUGAAUGACUCCUUGGAAGAAGGAGGUGCUCAAGUGGAUGAUGAAGUGUUAACGGAAGAAGGUCCUGCAACUAUGAAGUCUUCUGAGUACUCGUGUAACACUGGGUCACACACAGAAGACUCUGAAGAUAUUACUGAAUGUGGGACUAGGAAUCAUAGCAAUUCCAAAGAAAAAUCAAAUCUUACGAGGCAGUUUCAAAAGCUUGGAGAUGUGAAGGUGGAGCAGCAGAAAGAAUUUAACAAUUUGGAGGGAAAAUUGGAAGAAUUUCCAGUUGUCUCUAAGGAAGAAAUUAAACGUGAAUUAUCAGGGAGCAGAGUUGUGGAACAAAGGUGUAAUACACAGCCUGAGGCCAGUGAGAAGGGGUGUGGAAACUCUGUAGAGAAGGACAAUAGUAAGGAGAGAUGGAGGAGACACCCAAAGGGCUCCUUUAUCUGGAAGAAUGCUGAAACAUCACAAGAAUGUAAGAAAGAGGCAGAGGAACAGUUAAUUGAAGCAAAGACGUGUCAAGAAAAUUCAGAUGUGUUUCAACAAGCAGAAGGCAACUCUGACUUACUUGCAAGAAAUGCAACUGCUGAGAAUGCCAGAGGUUUAAAAACUGAAGAUGAUUCUUGGACUAAGAUUUCUAAGGCUGCAGCCUUCUCCAUUGUUCCUCGGAGAGCUGCAAAAGGGAGCAGAGGGAAUGGACGUGUCCAGGGUCACCCACAACUACGAGGAAAGCAAAUACAACCAAAGCAAGCGAAGAAGGGUGGGAGAAGCAGUGCUGACUACCCUGUUUUGGAUUUGCAAGAGGAUGAGGAAGAUGAAAAUGAGAAAACCGAUGAUUCUAUUGAUGAAAUUGUGGAUGUUGUUUCUGGCUACCAGAGUGAGGAGGUUGAUGAUGUAGAAAAGAGUAACUCUGUAGAAUGCAUUGAGGAAGAUGAGGAACAGGUGGACAUUGAGACCAUAGAAGAGCUUCCACAGGAAGUUACUGUUGUCCACAAGAAGACCACAGUUGCUCAUCCACAGUCAUCCAAACAGCCGUGCCGUACCACUAUCUCUGCAGAUGACAAACCUGGUGAACGGAGUCGAAAGGCUCCAUCAGCUCCUCUCAAACCGAAAGCUGAUUACUGGAGUGAAAAACUACAGAAAGAAGCUGAAGCUUUUGCUUAUUACCGCCGGACACACACUGCCAACGAGCGGCGGCGACGUGGAGAGAUGAGGGAGCUCUUUGAGAAACUGAAGAUGACAUUAGGAUUACUUCAUUCUUCAAAGGUUUCGAAAAGUCUCAUACUUACUCGGGCCUUCAGUGAAAUUCAGGGACUAACCGAUCAGGCAGACAAAUUAAUAGGACAGAAAAACCUCCUUACCCGAAAACGGAAUAUUCUGAUACGGAAAGUAUCGUCACUUUCAGGUAAGACAGAGGAAGUGGUCCUGAAGAAGCUAGAGUAUAUUUAUGCAAAACAACAAGCACUAGAGACACAAAAGAGAAAAAAGAAGAUGGGAUCAGAUGAGUUUGAUGUGUCUCCCAGAAUUAACAAUCAGCAGGAAGGAUCUUCUACAUCUGUAGAACUUGGACAGAUGUUUAUAAAUAACAAGAGGGGAAAACCUUUGAUUCUUUCCAGAAAAAGAGACCAGGCCACAGAAAAUGCCUCACCUUCUAACUCCCCACACUCCUCUGCAAACCUCGUGAUGACUCCUCAAGGACAACUGCUCACAUUGAAAGGCCCCAUGUUCCCGGGACCAGUGGUAACUGUCUCUCCUGCUCUCUUGGAAGCUGAGCUAAAGCCUCAGCUUCCCAACAGUGGUAUAGCUCAGUCAGAAAAUGAUGACUUAUUUAUGAUGCCACGAAUUGUUAAUGUGACAUCAUUGGCCACAGAAGGAGAUUUGGUAGAUAUGAAUGGCUCUAAAUGUCACCGUGAAGUUGCUGAUAGCAAGCCACUCAACCACCUGAAAGAUUCUGUCAGGAAUGAAGAUAACUCUUUAGAUGAUUUGAGUAGAAUCUCUUCCAAAGGAAAUCAUAGAGAUGGCAGAAUGGUAUUGAGUCCAACGCAGGUUUUUCUGACAAGUAAAGAUUCUGGUUUUCCUCAAAUAGUUGACAUUUCCAGUGCGCAGGAAGUUCAGGAGUACUUACCUAAAAAGAAUUCCAGUGACAUAAGAGGAAUUCACUGUAAGUGGAAAGAGAAUGAAUCAAGAGGAGAGAGACUAAAGUCAAAGGAUUCUCCAUUUCAUAAGCUAAAGGUGAAAGAGCUAAAGGACUCCAACAUAGAGAUGGAGCUGAGGAAAGUAGCAUCAGCCAUAGAGGAGGCAGAACUGGAUUCUGGUGAACUGCUCACAAACCUGGAAGAUGAGGAUGAUACUGAUGAGACGCUGACAUCACUGCUCAAUGAGAUUGCCUACCUUAAUCAGCAACUAAAUGAUGACUCUGUUGCUAUGGCUGAAUUGCCCAGCUCUGUGGAUACGGAGUUCUCAGGGGAUGCUCGGCGGGCUUUUGUCAGUAAAUUUCCUGCAAACAGAGCAACUUUCCAGGUUGGCCACUUCGGACCUAGUUUGAAAGAGUUACCUGAUGUACAAGGAGAGAGCGACUCCAUAAGUCCUCUCCUCUUGCAUUUGGAAGAGGAUGACUUUUCUGAGAGUGAAAAACAACUUGCAGAACCAGCUUCUGAGCCAGAUGUCCUGAAGAUUGUUAUUGACUCUGAAAUAAAGGAAUCCCUCCUUUCUCACAGGAAGGCCAGUGAUGGAGGAAAGAAUACUUCUGGCCUUGCUGCAGAGUCUGAGAGUAUAUCCUCACCCCCAAUCCUGCAUAUGAAGGCCGGCCCGGAGAACAGCAGCAGUACAGACACUUUGUGGAGGCCUAUGCCAAAGUUGGCCCCUUUAGGUUUAAAAGUAGCUAAUCCUUCUAAUGAUGCAGAUGGUCAAAGUCCAAAGGUGAUGCCUUGUUUGGCACCUGUAGCUGCCAAAGUUGGGUCAGUUGCAAAUAAAAUGAACCUAACAGGGAGUGACCAGGAAGGCCGGGAGAGCAAGGUGAUGCCAACAUUGGCACCUGUUGUGACUAAAUUGGGCAACUCUGGAGCCUCUCCAGCUUCUGCAGGGAAAUGAGAGUGCUUAUCUUCAAGCAGAAGCCAGGUUGUAAGGGAAAACUGAGUUUCACCUUUCUCUGCAGGCAUCUGUUUGUCAUAGAAUAGUGAUUCUUUCGUGAUGCAGUGAAUGACAGAGAGGGUAGGGUGCUGACCCUGGUAUAAGAAAUAAGAAGAAAUUCAGAUCGUAUUGUUUGUGUUACCUCACUUGUGGUGCUGGGUCCCCUCAUCCCAAGAUCCAUUAUUGAGCUUGAGGUGCCCACUUGUCCAAGGAAGUCCUAACAAGAUUCUGGCUCCAUAGUGAUUCCUAUGAUACCUGCUCCCCGGCCUUUCCCCUCUGCCCCGCCCCGCCCCGCCCCGCCCAAGGAAAAAAGCUGCUUGAGACUUUAUUAUUAUGGGCUGAACUGUAGCUGAUAGCUGUCAUGUCAAGUCUGAAAUCUAAGGAAUGUAAUGCACUUGUGUAAAAGGAUCCAGAAGAGACCAUUUUCAGGUGUUUCUCAAAAAGGCAAGAAAAAAAAAUAGGACAAGAGAGGGUGAUUAUAAUGGAAUACCAAAGUGAAGAACUUUGUAUCAUUCAGCAAAAAUUUUUCCUUUCAUCUCUCAAGUAGCUUCCAUUCCCUUACUUUUUCUAUCAGAAUUGUAAAUUCAAGCUUUCUGAUAAAGUAGGAUUACUUUUAACUUUUAUUACUAACUUUGGGAUGUUAAAACAACAUUCUCCCUGCUUUCUUGAUGUAGGUUGAAAAGGUCAUUUACCAUACCAGGAAUCUGUGCUGGAUAAUAUGUAUUUUGGAAGUAGGCAUAGGAGGGGCCCUCUCUGCCUUUCACAAAUCAUGUUAUUCAACAGACAGCUAAAAUUAAAAAGUCUUUUCUCCCCAGACCAGACAGUGGCCAAAACAAACAAAAAAAUUGUGGGGCUGGAUUUUUCUUGAGUCAAACCAGUCUCCUGGUGCUUGAAGGUUUCAUUCACUAUUACCUGCACAGGAUGCAAAGAAAAGUCACAGUCAGCACUCUUUACCAGGGAAAUAAGGCAGUAUUUGAAUCACAAGAUAUAUUUUUUAUCUGCAACCAUGGAUUCAGUGAAAUACAGAGAUUUUUCAUUCAUUAGCUGUCACAGUGUGAAGGACUGACAGCCUGUAAAGAUAAAAGAUAUUUAUAUUUUUGUAUAGUUGUUUUCAUAGAUUUCUCAAAGGCUGACGUUUUCAACCUAGAAGAUGAGAUUUGUACUGAGUAUAGAAAUGUUUCCUAUCUAGUUUGUAAAUAAUCAUGGUGCACUUGAGGGGUCUCUUGGAAACUCCUAGGGACAAGAAUCACUAUUCUGAAAAAUGUAUGGACUGGGAGUUAGUUGCUGCAUUUUGCCUUUCUUAAAUAAUUAUAUUUUGGAAUGUAAUCUCUGUUCUGUCUUCAUUGACAGGAUUUGCUUGUGUUGUAAAACACUAACACAAGAGCUUCCAGUGCCUGGGCUGUGCCUAGGUGAUUGUGUUUCUUCUACAUCCCUUGACUAUAUCCCAAAUCCCACUCAACGUAUCUUCAGACCUGGGUUGUGAGAGCACCUGAGAAGUGGAUCUAACCAGUAAAUUGUUAUUUCCAUGUUUGGUUUCCCUUCUGCUAACUGUGGUAAUCAGCAGACUGUGAGGGUGUAUGACAUGUGCUAGUUACACAUGAGUGAAUUCUUCCCUUUCUAGACUCACUCUCAGUGCUUAACCUUUCCUCCACUGAAAGUCACUCAAGAAGCUUGGAGUAGGUGAAGAGUGCUCCUCAGCCUCUCGUCCCUUUUGUUCUUUACCCAGCAGAUUGCUUUCAAUGCCUUAGCCAAGGAAUCUAGCACCUGUCUCCCUACUAAUACUUGUCCUGGAGACGCUAGUACUUUAACCCAGGUAAUCGCUGUUUUCCCACUGUUUUUCUUGCUUGUCUCUUCCCCACAUUGUCUCCUGACUUCCCAAGGCUCCUGAUGGCUUUUGAAGGUCAGCCAAAGAACAGGCAAGUAAAUAAUCCUCAGGAAAAGGACCAUUUUGGCUUCUGAGCUUUCCUUUUUAUAGAAGAAAAUAAGAAAAUCGAUGAUAAUCUUGAUGGGAGGGUGUUUGACUCUGUGUAUGAACGGUGUGCAAACAUGGAAAUUGGGUUGAAUCUGUGUUCAGGGAAGAAUGCAGAUGUCAUAUUGCAGAUUCCCAAGGUAAAGUGCUCUCAAGACUUGUUAGAAUUGCCAGAGCUAAUUGGAGGAGGGCUUAGUCUUCAGAAAAAUUUUGUAGGCUUGACAGAAAUCUGUAAUCUCCAAAAACUUUAAUGUAACCCAGGAGAAACUGGUCAAUGAAAAUUACACAUUUGGUUCUGAAAGAUGAAGUUGAGUGAGAAGCGUUGAGGAACCGGAAAGACAGUGAGCUUUCACUCUCUUUUAAGAAGCAUGAUCUCACUAGAUAAAUAAUUUGCCUUUUUAUACACAUCUGUAAAUAAAUGGAAUGUUUUUAAGAAUAUAAUUAUGCCAGAUUUAGCAUUUCCUUUUAUAUAUUAAAUAUAUAUAUAUAUAUAUCUUUGCUUUUCUGCUUUUGAAAAGUGACUAUUUUUUUAGAAAUUGAACAGAAUAAGUUUGGUGACUGAAAGGCAGAAUUUAAAUCUGAAGUAAAUUAGCUGUACUAAUUUAAAGCAAGACUUGGUGUUGGGAGAUCUGUGCUGAGUUGGAAAUAGAGAAUUCUAAUCCCCUGAGGUGUAUUUGAGAGAGGUGCCACCUUAUUUUAUCACAGGAAUUCCUUUCUGUUCUCAGAAGCUUCUGACAUGCCAUUUGGGGGAAGUUGUUGAAGUUUUGAUCCUAUAAGACUUUGGAAUUUUGUACAGCUCAGUUACAGGUAUUUGUUUCAGAAGUCAUCCUACAGUAAAGAAAGGCUGAUGUCAUGGCACCAGCAUGUGCAAGGCUGUUGUUAUCUGUUACCUCGAAGAAUGAGACAUAAACAAUCUUAGUGGCUAAGGACAGUAGAUGUUCUUAAGAUAAUGUGAGGGCACUCCAAAUAGUUUGUGGAAAAUUAAAUGAAGAGAUGUUUAUUUUGGUGCAGAAAAAGUUUGAAAUGUAUAGUUUUUUCAUAAUCUACAUUUUUCCAUGAACUUUUUUGGAGGACCCCCCCAUAUGUUUAACUAUUUUCAUAAUUUACAAAGAGGUUUUAUUAAAGCAGUCCUUUAGACAUUGAGCUACUCUUUAAUCUAUUUAAGGUCACUAACAGAUCAAGCCCAGUUAUGUAAGUUUCAUACAAAUUGUACACUUUGUGUAAUUUUAUAGUUCAUGAAGCUUUCUCAGAAUUAUGAAUGAAAUACCUGAUAUUAGGCUUUUCUGUAGCAAAGUUUGAAAGUGUUUUGAACACGGAAGAAAAGGAAACAAUCCUUAUGUUAUUUUGGGCAGGGUUUAGCCAUAUACAUUUUUUUUUCCAGCUGUACUGGUUAAGAUGCUUGAAUGGGGUGAAGUAAAAUGAGAAACAAAUGUAAUUUGAAGACCGAUGUAGAAAAUAGUGAUAAUUCAUGGUCCUCACUACCAGAAACCUUAGAAAUGAACAAAAGCCAAAAAUCAUGUAGGCAGCACAUUUCCAGGUAUUAGUAGAGAUGACUGAUAACCAAGAAUCAGAAUAUGUCUCUUGCGCAUUGGUUUUUGAAGCAAGAGUUGUAAAGGUGUCAAUACUUUGAUGUCAUUGUAUUCUUGUUAUUGAAGUUUUAUAAGUAGCUGAGUGCUGAGAAAAAGCUGAAGAAUUCAAACUCACUGCCUGCCAGGUGGGGGGGGAAAAGCAGUUAAAAUGCAUUUUUGGAGUGGAAGUAAUUGACAUGUACAACUUUUUAAACUGAGGUGUAACUGUAGAAUAUUAAAUGUGAACUGCUCUACAAAAGCAUCUAAGUGUUGAGUGAUAGUGGUGGAGGUGUGUUGGAGGAUGGGGAGGCUACACAUGAGAACCUGAAAGAACAAAUCUAGACUGUUAAAUUCUAUUGUAAACUCUGCUGGUAGGAGAGAUUGUUAAAUGGGAAAGCAGCCUUGGGAGUAUUGUUUUAGACCCAUCCUGUUUCCAGUUCCAUUCACUGAUCUCUGCUGUCUCACAGUGCCUUGCAUGAAAAGGUGCU